CGUGUAUGCUGGGAUCCCGGAGCCAAAGCAGGAGCUGCCUCAUUUCACUAUCAAAUGAGGCUGGGACCGGUUACUGCUCAACUGAACAACAAAACCGUGCGGACUCCCAAUGGGACGCGAUGUCUCCAUGGAUUCCUCCAGCAGCAAGAGUUAUUUUCUCCUGUUCAAGAUAUGCAUCCUGGCGAUCGGCACUAGUGGAGCUGUAAGAAUUACGGUGCCAACUGAAAUGAUCCUGGGGACUGUUGGACAACCUCUGCUGCUCCCUGUAAACUACACUACUGGAAUCAAAGAUCAGAACACUCAGAUAACCUGGACUUUCCAAAGCCAAUCUUCAGGUUCCAUGCUUCUGGUGACAGCCAUAAACAACACAUUGACUCCUGACAUGGAGCACGGCCACAGGUUUUUCUUGUCUCCUCCCAGUGCCACACUGUUAAUCAACCCAGUACAAUUAAUUGAUGAUGGUGAAUAUACCAUAAAAGUGACUGUCUCUGGAGUGAAGAUGGAAUCAGCUAGUCGACAACUGACUGUUCAGGUCAACGUUCCGGUCUCUAAGCCAGUGGUGCACAGUGAUCCUGCCUGGGGAGCAGUGGAGUACAUAGACAAUGCAACACUCACAUGUACCGUGAGCAAAGGCACAAAGGUCAUUUAUCAGUGGCUAAAAGAUGGAAAGCCGUUACCAGAAAACAGCCGUCACAUCUUCUCUGUAGACAACAAGAUGCUGUUCAUUUCUCCAGUUCUAAAAGACGACUUGAGUAAUUACACCUGUGUAGCAAAGAACCUGAUUAGUAUAAAUGAGAGUGAACCGAUUGCACCGAAUAUUUACUAUGGCCCCUAUGACUUGAUGGUGAAGUCUGAACCUCGAUUCAAAAUUAGUGAAGGAGUGUUUGCUGUUGGCAAAGGAGAACCAGUCUGGUUUAAAUGUUCAGCAAAUUCCAAUCCACCAAAUGACUACUCGUGGUUCCAAAAAGCCAACAACAAGACGACACCUAUCCAUCGGGGGCCGAUAUUAAAUAUCAUGUCUGAGAAAGUACCCGAGAAAGCUGAUUACAUGUGCUGUGUCUACAACAAUGUCACAGGCAAGCGGGACGAAACUCAGUUCACACUCAUUCUCUCCCACACUGAUCAAGAAAGGCGGAAAUAUAAAGGAAGUUCCAUCCACUCAUUGGUUAUAAUAGUUGGAUUGUCAAUAACUCUGAUCGUCUGCAUACUUCUUUACUUUAUUCUAAAAAGAUAUUUUCCUCGAAAAGUGAUUAAGAAGGAAGUGUACCACAGGUCACCGACAGAUUAUAUACGAGCACACCAAGUAUCAGUAGAACAAGAGCCAUCUAUGGAUGAUUAUGGAAUAUAUGAAUUUGUUGCUGUACCAGAGCUUGCAGCAUUUCCACAGGUUCCACCAGAUAAGUUAAGCACUGUGUAUGAUAUUAUUCGAGUACCAGAUAUCCGCACAGUUUAUGACGUCAUUUGCCAGACACCAAAAACGUCUUGAUGUUGGACUCAUCAUAACAGUUGAAUGCUGUAUUUUGUCACAGCCAGAAGAUUGAGGCAGUUGAGCAAUGAUUAUGUGUUUUGACAACAAACUAUAAAGACAACCAAGGUCAGACAUGAAGACGCAGAACCUUUUACUGUCCGGCAUGUGGGAGAAUCAAAAGGACUGAAGCAAUUUGCAGAACAUUUAUUCAUCUACAAAGCUCUAACAAUUCAACUUUUAAUUCAGCGGUGUAUGUAAUAUGUGAAUAAGAAUAUGUUAUCAAUGACUGCAUUAGAUUAUCAAAAAGUAUCUUUCAUUUUUAAGUGUUACCGAUAAAAUGUAUUUAUUCUUAAACUUAAACUGUCAUUCUGUGUAGGAAUUGGUUUACAUUUACCUAGCGAAUUUUAGAUGUUUAUUGAAAUCAGGCACAUUUAUUUAUAGAAAAAAAGUAAAAUUAUACCCAAGACUGAAUCCAGCCAUAAUUCAUGGUGUAAAUCAUAAACUCAAUUAUAUUGUAGUGUUUCCAGUCUUUGCAUAUCACACUCAAAAUUGAAGACUAUUUACCUUUUUUGACAUUUAAUUGAUAACCUAACUCAGAAAAACCAUAAAAUUAAUUGUAUGGCAACUCUAUUCCUUUAGAGAGAGUCUCCUCCAUUGUGUUGAGACACAUUGUUAAUAACAAUCUAACCUGCAUUUAACCAUGGUAUAGUUAGCCUGAGAGUGCUUAAAACAAAUAAUUAUUCCAAAAAGUGUUCCACCAUUGAUGGCAGCCCUUGUUUAGACAAAAACAAAGUUUAAAUCAUCUCUUCUGAAUCGGUGUCAUAUACUUCCUUCCAAAUAACUAAAGACAGGUAAACCCAACUGUCAAUUUACAUAAUUUCUGUAUUGUUUCCAUGGCAUGCACAUUUAUCUGAACUAGAUCAGUGUGUAAAGAUGUACAUAUAAUCCAAAAGAGGAUUUUAGAUCAUCAAAAGCAGGUCAACAGUAGCAGAAUUUAAAAAAUACAUAUACAGGUCUACCACCGAUUUUCCAGCAACUGAUGGUCCAGCACAUCAUUUAAUCUGGACAAAAUUACGGGAGUGCACGUGAAAUCCCCCCCAGAAAUCCCUCCAAAGUCGCCUAGGCCGGGUGAGGCAGCCGAUCUUGACCUCAUCGGGAAUUCCGCGGUCAGACUACUGUUCAGCGGGUCGAAUUUUCCCCCUGCAGCUGGAGCUCUGAAACUUCUGCCCGGAAGGGUCUCGACCCUGAAACGUCACCCAUUCCUUCUCUCCAGAGAUGCUGCCUGUCCCGCUGAGUUACUCCAACAUUUUGUGCCUAUUUUCAAUCUAAACCAGCAUCUACAGUUCUUUCCUACACAUAGUGCUUUGUAUCUAUCUGCUGCAAGACUUUUCAUUGAGGUGAAUCAUCAAGCAAAACAUUCUCUCUGAAAAUCUGCAGUUCAAUUUAAAAAUAUUUAUGACUAAUGAAUGUAAAAACUAAAAGUAAGAGAAGUAAGGCUUGUUGAAUCUGCUUUGUAUUCCAUAAGGUUAUGGCUCUUUGUUGCCACAAUCCCUGUAUCUAUCCCCCUUUCUCAUAUUCUGUUAUUGCAAAGAUCUGGUGAUCGUAGCCUGAAAAGUAGUCAAUGACUAAACAUUCACAAAUUUUGGGGGUUAAGAAUUACAAAGAUUCUCAACAUUCUGAAAAUGUUUACCUCAACUCAUUCCUCCACUUUAUCCUGAGACUGUGAAACCUAUACGGAAGUCAUCAGCCAAAAGAAAUGGCUGGCUUUGAAUCCAUCCUUUGUCGUCCUGUCAGAACUAGUUUCAAAUAAAUCACUCUCAGAACUCCAAAAAAGAUAGGCAUAUCCUACCCAUUCUGUGCUUAUAGCACAUUAUUAUAUUUCAGGAAAUAAUCUGUUAAAUAUAUUGUACAAUAAAUAUAUCCUUCCUUACACCUAUUGAGGGACCUCUGUUCCGUCUCAACACGACUUCUUUACCAUAGUCCUUUAAUCCCAAUGCACGAAAAACACCAGCAUAUCAUUUGCCUUCCUAAUUGUUUGCUGUGCACUCAAUUUAAUGUUUUUGGAUUUAUAGACAAUAGACUAUAGGUGCGGGAGUAGGCCAUUCGGCCCUUCGAGCCAGCACCGCCAUUCACUGUGAUCAUAGGUGAUCAU